CAGUUAUUUUUAUUUUCAGAGUUUAGAACACGCCAUGUCUGGAAAAGUUACUCUGCACUAUUUCAACGGGAGGGGGAGAAUGGAGUCAAUCCGUUGGCUUCUGACUGUUGCAGAAGUGGAGUUUGAUGAGGUUUUCCUGACAACCAGAGAGCAGUACCUGAAACUCCUGAAUGACGGGGAGCUCAUGUUUCAACAGGUUCCUUUGGUGGAAAUCGAUGGCAUGAAACUCGUGCAGACAAAAGCAAUCCUGCACUACAUUGCAGAGAAAUACAACCUCUAUGGGAAAGAUGUCAAAGACCGUGCCAUGAUCAAUAUGUACUCUGAGGGACUGAUGGAUCUUAUGGAAUUGAUCAUGAUGCUGCCCUUCGUCGCAGACCCCCAACCAAAACUUGACAACAUUCAAACUAAAGCUAAAGAGCGCUACCUGCCUGUGUUUGAGAAGGCGCUGAGUGGACCCGUUUACCUGGUGGGAGGUAAGCUCAGCCUUGCAGACGUGCUGCUGGUUGAAUGCACCUUGAUGCUCGAGGAGAAAUUUCCUGCAAUCCUCGCAGACUUUCCAAACGUCAAGUCUUUCCAGGGCAGAAUGACUCAGAUUCCUGCCGUCAGCAGGUUCCUGCAGCCGGGCAGCAAGAGGAAGCCGCAGCCAGAUGAACAUUACAAAAAUACUGUUUUGAAAGUGUUUAACAUCACUGCACCGUUUCCAUAAUCUGAUCGAAAGAUGUCACAUUCCUCACAUUACGAGUAGUUUGAUUCCUAAUGAUUGGCGUGAGUGCACGUGGCUCAUGUUAAAAUUAAAACCGCACAAUCCAAUACAAAAAAUAAAUGUAUUGUGCUUCAGUUGAAUUUCUAUUUUUUUUAAUAAUUCUGUGAUGAGUUGAACUGAAUAAAUAGCUAUUUUUGGGGGACCUU